GUCUGAGGCGCAACAAGUCAAACAUCAGACCUGCUGUUUUCUGCACUUGUGAUUUUGAAGACCAUCUGUUGACAUGGCAACAUCUACCCCAGAUGUUUCAGACUUUGAGAUGGGCGACAACAUUGACACCAAACAACCGAUUGAUGGAGUGAAGGAAGACAGCAGUGACAUCCAUCGAGAAACUGAAUUGGACAAGGGAGACCAUGAUGGCUUCCAACAACAGCAGAAGGUGAGGUCCUGUACACAGAAGAUGGUAGACCUGCACUCAGCAGAGAAGAGACCAUCUGUUGACAUGGCAACAUCUACCCCAGAUGUUUCAGAACCAUCUGUUGACAUGGCAACAUCUACCCCAGAUGUUUCAGACUUUGAGAUGGGCGACAACAUUGACACCAAACAACCGAUUGAUGGAGUGAAGGAAGACAGCAGUGACAUCCAUCGAGAAACUGAAUUGGACAAGGGAGACCAUGAUGGCUUCCAACUACAGCAGAAGGUGCUAAGAGAUUCUGAAUGUGAGAUCAAGACACUGAAAGAGAAAGUGGAAGAAAUGGAGAGGUCCUGUACACAGAAGAUGGAAGACCUGCACUCAGCAGAGAAGAGGCUAAGUCAUGCUAAGUGUGAGAUCAAGACACUGAAAGAGAAAGUGGAAGAAGUGAAUUCAGAUCUGAGCCAGGAAAAGGAAAAACUGCAGUCACUCCAACAAGAACACAACAAGCUGUUGAAUGCGAAAGGUAUGAAAGAGAUGGAGAAGUUUUACCAAGAGAAACUUGAAAAGAAAGAGGAGGAACUGAAAUCAUUCAAAAAGAGAGUGGCAGCAGGCAUGGCUGUUUCAUUGAAAACAGGAGGUAUGGAGAGUUUGAACAACCCGGUCAGUAAAACCAGACUGACUGAGAUGUACAGCGACCUGAAACUGCUGGAGUGGCCUAAAGUCAAAGAUCAGCUCAAAUCCAGGAAACUGAAACCAGAACCGGCCAAAGAUAUCAUUCAGGAAACAUUUAAAGUUGCACAUGAAGAAAUGAAGAAAAAGAAGCAACACAUAGAAGAGGCAUUUGGACUGAAUGAACUGGCUACUCAGAAGGUUAAAGAGUUCAAACAGCUUGCAGUUCAGAACCUGCAGAUGGCUCUGUUCCACACCAGCAAAGAUCUUCUGAAGUCUGGUUUUCCUGAACUUGGAGGUCAGUACUCAGAAGAGGACAUGGUGGAUCUGAGACCUCUGACCUCUGAAUGCUGCUGGCUGAGCUGCUUGAUGACUCUAAACAAUCCUCCUCUUCAGCCGGACUGGGAGAAUCUGGUCCCUUCGAUGGAUCCUUGGGACAUUUUCCCUCAAACCCUUGCAGAAAAAUAAAUUAUUCAUAAAGACAUGCUAUCAAAGUAAAAUUUAAUUUUAUUUAAGUUGGUGAAAAUAAAAUGUAAUCCCAACUUGGUGUUAACAGGCUAAUCAACUGAAGGGAUAAUUAUAUUUCUGAUUUUUAUUUGGGUCUCAGUUGUCUGAACAUUCUGAAGUAAUCACAAUUUUAUCCUGAUUUAUUGAUAUGUUAAUUGCAAAUUAAAAUCAUAAUAUUUGUA